CGUUCAUCGUUCAUCAGAUGCGUGGAGCUGGAUUGCUGGGACGGAAAAGGCGAAGACGAGGAGCCCAUCAUAACUCACGGCAAGGCUAUGUGCACCGAUAUCCUUUUCAAAGAUGUCAUAUACGCUCUAAGGGACACUGCAUUCGUCACUUCGGAGUACCCUAUAAUUCUAAGUUUCGAGAAUCACUGCUGCCUGAAACAGCAAUACAAAUUAGCCAAAUACUGCGACGAAAUAUUGGGCGACUUGCUGCUGAAGGAGCCCCUGAAAGAUUACCCGCUUGAACCCGGACAUCCACUGCCGCCGCCGAGCGCGCUGAAGCGAAAGAUAUUAAUCAAGAAUAAAAGACUGAAGCCGGAGGUGGAGAAGGUCGAGCUAGAGUUAUUCCGCUCUGGGCAAUUCGAGGCGAAGGACGAAGUGGUCGAGGACGCCAGCGCGCCUGCAGGACCACCACCGGAACCGCCGAAGGAGGAACCACCGCCAGAGGCCGCGCCAGCCGAGGGUGCUCCACCAGGCGAAGGUGGCGCUGAAGGAGAAGCUCCUCCAGUUCAAUACACCGGCAGUACGAUGGCGUGCCAUCCUUGGCUUUCCUCGAUGAUUAAUUAUGCACAGCCAGUGAAAUUUCAAAGCUUUGAAACUGCGGAGAAGAAGAACAUACACCACAAUAUGUCCUCGUUUUCGGAGACGGCGGCGCUGAAUUACCUGAAAACGAAUGCUGUAGAAUUCGUUAAUUACAACAAACGUCAAAUGAGUCGAAUCUAUCCGAAAGGUACAAGGGCUGAUUCGUCCAAUUACAUGCCACAGGUCUUCUGGAACGCAGGUUGCCAAAUGGUAGCGUUGAAUUUCCAAACACCCGAUCUGCCUAUGCAGCUUAAUCAAGGAAAAUUCGAGUACAACGCGACCACUGGAUAUUUGCUGAAACCUGAUUUCAUGAGGAGGUCAGACAAGACCUUCGAUCCGUUCUCUGAGGACGUGGAUGGUGUUAUCACAGCCCAGUGUUCCGUCCAAGUGAUAGCAGGGCAAUUUUUGUCCGACAAAAAGGUCGGCACUUACGUGGAAGUAGACAUGUACGGUUUGCCAGCAGACACGAUCAAAAAGGAAUUUCGAACGCGAAUGGUCCCCGGAAAUGGUUUGAACCCUGUCUACAACGAAGAACCAUUCCUCUUCCGAAAAGUUGUACUACCUGACUUGGCUGUGCUCAGAUUCGGCGUGUACGAAGAGAGUGGAAAGCUGUUGGGUCAACGGAUCCUGCCUCUAGAUGGACUCCAGGCCGGGUACAGACACAUUUCGCUGAAGACCGAGGCGAAUUUCCCUAUGGCGCUGCCGAUGUUGUUCUGCAACAUCGAGCUGAAGAUUUACGUACCCGAUGGAUUCGAAGACUUCAUGGCCGCCCUGUCUGACCCGGGUGCAUUCAGCAAAGGAGCCGAGAAACAAGCAGAGACCAUGAAAGGGCUAGGGAUCGAGCAGACCGACACGAAGGCCGAGGCUAAGAAGAAAGAAGAGGAGAAGGCUAAAAGAGAGGAAUACAAGCCAGAACCAAUUACGAUAGAGACUCUGCGAAAGGAAAAAGCGUUCAAGCUUGGCAAGAAGCAGCAGAAGGAGUACGACACGAUGAAGAAGAAGCAUCUGAAAGAACGGCAGACAAUGCAGAAGAAUCAUUGCGCCGCCAUUGAUAAAUUAGUGAAGGGAAAGGACAAAAGUGCGCUGGUCCAGGACGCGAACGUGAAAAAGGUUAUAAGCGAGCAAACCACCCAGUGGUCCUCCAUGGUGGAACGACAGAGGAAAGAAGAAUGGGAGAUGUUGAAGACUCACACGGAAGCAGGUCGGGAGGAGUUCAAGAAAUUAAUCGAAAUUGUCCAGGCCUCGCAGGUUAAACAGUUACAAGCGAAACACGACAAAGAUAUGAAAGACAUGAACGCGAAUCAGGCCAAAGUAUCCGUGGAAACGGCGAAAGAAGUAAUGAACGACAAAGCAUUAAAGACAAAAGGAGACAAGGAUCGUAGACUGCGCGAGAAGAAGGAACAGAACACGAAAAAAUUCAUGCAAGAAAGGAAAACCGUGCAAAUCAAACAAGGACGUGAAAAGGAAAAGCUGAAAACUUCUCACGAGAAGCAAGUUGCAGAGCUGGAUGGAAAUAUCGACGCGACUAUUGAAAUGUACAAGAACGAAGCAAUUCAUUUGGACAUGUCUUCCAAAACAGAAUUCUUUGUGUAAAUUACGAAACCGAGAUUUUUUACUUCAAAAUAUGUACUUUACUUAUGUAUCCUUGGUAUACCUCAUUAUUGUUUUCAUAUUCUACUCGAUAGUUUCCUUGUCCUUUUCAAAUACUGUUUCAUACGAUCGUAUUUUUAAUUAUUUUUAUAGUACUUUAUACGUAAGUGUGUAAUCCGUUUGGU